GUUUAUUCCUUGUUUCCAAGUGUGAGCGAUGUUUCGAGAUUUUUUACCUUGCACCUAUGAGUUAGCGGUGGCAUUUAUUUUAAAGUAUCGAAGGUAUACUAGCACUACCACUAUCAACACACUUUCAGACUUUUAAAAUCAAUGCAACGUUCAGUCAGACCAAAAUCCGCUAAAGGGAAAGCACGCCCUACACCCCCGUCCCGUCCAAGACAACAUCAGACUCAGGAGCCGACAUCGUCUUCCACGAGCGAACAAAACCACUCCUAUGGUCGCAGAGGCUAUUCACUGAGACGAAGUGGGCCCCCCAACAGCAGUUACAGGAAUGCAUCCUCAAGACCAAGCAAGUCAUCACAAAAACCUGAAGAAGAUACAAACUCUGAAGGUCCAGACCCAUCUCAGUUUCCUGAAGUCUCAAGGCCUGUAUCAUCGCUAUCAAAAUACAGUAUUCUCCCAAUGAUUCCAAAGACGCCAGACCAUAGUGAUUUCAGAGUUACAAGCCCAACAGAGAGUGUUGUAGAAUUGGAUUUAUUGUCUUCCUUUGCCCAGCAGAUGAUUCUUGACAGCGCUACUGCGAACUUGAAUAAAAGUGAUUCGAGUGUGUCAGAUUUCAAACAAGAAACAAAUAGCAGUCACUCUGCAUCCAAAAUGAAACGCACAGCAGCUAGCAAUGGCACAGGAAAACAGAACAAUAUUAACAACCAAGACAGCCCCCAACACAAGAAGUUUAGAAGUUCCUUGAUGACAACAAAAUCUGUUUUCCCUCCACGCACUGCAAAAGCUAAAAAUACUGGUCAAGGAGACCGGAAAAAUGGGGCAGAGACGGAACCCCCAGCAGGAGAGGAAAGAUUGAGAUUAGCACUCAAGUUACCAGAUGGUAAAAGAGUAGAGAGAUACUUCGCCCCAACAAGCACUAUAAAUGAUGUGAUGAACUUUGCAAAAACUAAAAUGAAAGCUCCUAUUAGAAGAUGCAUUGUAUACUCUAUGUUGCAAGUGCCAAAAGAGAAGCUUAAAAACUGGAAAAGAACGUUAAAGGAUCUCGGCCUCACUGACCGAACAAUGCUAUACAUUGACGAAGAGUAAAUUAAAAUCCCACUGUGAAUAUCUAUUACACUACUAUAUCCAGUUAUUGUUCAUAUAUUUUUCGAUAAACAAAAACACAAGAGA